UAACGCGCAAGGCCUUCUGGGUACUGUAAUGGCGGCUCUCGCUGGCGGAGAAACAAACGUCGUUUAACGUUUUCAAACCCGCGUCGGAACCAGAUUCUCCUCCAGUUCUCUGUGUCUCGAGGAGGCCCGUCGUCAACAUGGCGUCCACCGCGGCGGGGAAACAGCGGAUACCGAAGGUGGCGAAGGUGAAGAAUAAAGCUCCUGCCGAGGUUCAGAUCACAGCUGAGCAGCUGCUGAGAGAAGCCAAAGAGAGGGAGCUUGAACUUCUGCCACCGCCACCAAAACAGAAGAUCACUGAUGAGGAGGAGCUGAAUGAUUACAAACUGAGGAAGAGGAAGGGGUUUGAGGACAACAUAAGAAAAAAUCGCACUGUCAUCAGUAACUGGAUCAAAUACGCACAAUGGGAGGAAAGCCUGAAGGAGAUCCAGAGGGCGCGUUCCAUUUACGAGCGAGCGCUGGACGUCGACCACCGCAACAUCACUCUGUGGCUGAAGUACGCCGAGAUGGAGAUGAAGAGUCGGCAGGUGAACCACGCCCGCAACAUCUGGGACAGAGCCAUCACCAUCCUGCCACGAGUCAACCAGUUCUGGUACAAGUACACGUACAUGGAGGAGAUGCUGGAGAACGUGGCAGGCUGCCGGCAGGUGUUUGAGCGCUGGAUGGAGUGGGAGCCUGAUGAGCAGGCCUGGCACUCGUACAUCAACUUUGAGCUGCGCUACAAGGAGGUGGACAAGGCUCGCACCACCUACGAGCGAUUCGUCAUCGUUCACCCCGAAGUGAAGAACUGGAUCAAGUACGCUCGUUUUGAAGAGAAGCACGGUUACAUCGCCCACAGCAGGAAGGUGUUCGAGAGAGCGGUGGAGUUCUUUGGAGAGGAAUAUGUGGACGAAAAUCUCUUUGUGGCCUUUGCCAGGUUUGAGGAGACACAGAAAGAGAUGGAACGUGUUCGGGUGAUCUAUAAAUAUGCCUUGGACAGAAUCCCUAAACACCAGGCGCAGGAGCUCUUCAAAAACUACACGAUGUUCGAGAAGAAGUUUGGAGACCGUCGGGGAAUCGAGGACGUCAUCGUCAGCAAACGAAGAUUCCAGUACGAGGAGGAAGUCAAGGCAAAUCCACAUAACUACGACGCCUGGUUCGACUACCUGCGCCUGGUGGAGAGCGACGCUGACCCGGACACGGUGAGGGAGGUUUAUGAGCGAGCCAUUGCCAACAUCCCCCCCAUCCAGGAGAAGAGACACUGGAGGCGCUACAUUUACCUGUGGAUCAAUUACGGCCUGUACGAAGAGCUGGAGGUCAAGGAUCCUGAGAGGACGAGGCAGGUGUACCAGGCCUGUCUGGAUCUCAUCCCUCAUAAAAAGUUCACAUUUGCCAAGAUGUGGCUGCUCUACGCUCAGUUUGAGAUCCGACAGAAGAACCUGCAGGGAGCAAGAAAAGCUCUGGGCUCAGCGAUCGGUAAAUGUCCGAAGAACAAGCUGCUGAAGGGCUACAUCGAGCUGGAGCUGCAGCUGCGUGAGUUCGACCGCUGCAGGAAGCUGUACGAGAAGUACCUGGAGUUCAGCCCAGAGAACUGCACCACCUGGAUCAAGUUCGCUGAGCUGGAGAUCAUCCUGGGAGACACAGACAGAGCCCGCGCCAUCUUCGAGCUCGCCAUCGGACAACCGAGACUCGAUAUGCCAGAGGUGCUGUGGAAGUCUUACAUUGACUUUGAGAUCGAGCAGGAGGAGUUUGGAAACACGAGACAUCUUUAUAAACGGCUGCUGCAGCGCACACAGCACGUCAAGGUUUGGAUCAGCUACGCUAAGUUCGAGCUGUCGAUCGACGGCCCCGACCGGCUGCAGAGGUGCCGGCAAAUCUUCGAGGAGGCCAACAAGGGAAUGAGGAGCUGUGAGGAAAAGGAGGAGCGGCUGAUGCUGCUCGAGUCGUGGAAGGACUUCGAGAAGGACUUUGGCUCCGACGUCACCGUGGAGAGAGUCAGAAAGCUGCUGCCGGAGAAGGUGAAGAAGAGGAGGAAGCUGACGGCCGAGGACGGGUCGGAUGCAGGUUGGGAGGAGUACUACGACUACAUCUUCCCAGAGGACGCCGCCAACCAACCCAACCUCAAGCUGCUCGCCAUGGCCAAGAUGUGGAAGAGGCAGCAGGUGGACGUCGAGGGGGAGAGUGUUCCAGAAAAAGAUCCGCCGGCUGAAGAGCAAAUGGCUGAGGACACGUCGCCUCCAGCGUCUUCCCCUGAGCAGCCUGAAGCUCCUCCUGAGAAUCAGCCAGAGAACGACUCUGACAGAAACACUGUGAUUGAAACCGAGCAGGAGAAAACCAAUGAUGAAGACGACGCCAGCAGCAGCAGCAGCAGCAGCAGCAGCAGCAGUAGUGAAAGUGAGGAGGAGGAGGAGGGCGAUGGAAAGAAGAAGGAAACGGAGAGCAAGAGCAGUGAAGAAGAUAAAGAUUAGACUCUCCACGCAGGGACGACCUGGAUCAUUUUUCUACUGUUCUUUUUUCUGUCUUUAUUGUUAGACCAUGUUUUCUUUGCAUCUGAGUCAUUACACACAUCAAUUCAAA